AUGACGCUGAGCUUCGUGGGGCAGUUUGUUGGAAUGUCCUGGGUGUUGAUCGUCUGUUGGCUAGGAUUACCAAUCAGAGCAAUGUGGUUAUCAUCUCUAUUUCUCAUCGUCGGAGGGGGCAGUAAUGUCGCCGCGUCAGUGAGUAUGAUGGUCAUUACCGACUCGACGCCGGAGAUAAAGAGGUCGCAAAUUUUCAUGUACUUCAAUGCAGUGGUGAUAGUUGCCGAAAUCAUUUCGCCCCCGAUGGGCUCACUUUUAAUGAAACAAAGCCUCUGGGUUCCCCUUCUCUUGAACUCCGUCUGUGGUGCUAUUUCCAUUAUGCUCUCCUGGUACAUGCCGGAGACCAACCACCAUGCUUUCCGAGAUCAGAAAGGCGAUUACACCAAGAUCUCAAGCUCCCGUGACAAUGAGGAAUUGUCGGGCCCGCCUCCGGAAGACCACGGGAGCAUCACGGCUCUGGUUCACAGCCUCAAGGACAGCAUGCGGAUGAUCUUUCUACAGAAGAACGUCGCCCUUCUCGUUCUUUCUUUUCUCAUCUCGACAUUUGCGCGUGACUCUAUGGCCUUUCUUCUACAGUAUAUCUCCAAUCGGUAUUCUUGGCCUAUUGCAAAGACGAGCUGGCUCCUCUCAUUCCGAGCCGCAGCCCAGCUACUACAAUUCAUGUUGGUCCUCCCGUGGAUAGACCGUACAAUGCGCAAGAGGUUCGAGCGACAGCCACGAAAGAAGGACCUCUACCUCGCUCGGAUCAGCAUCGUUACCAUCACUGUCGGGUUUGCGAUCAUGGGGAUCGCCCCAGUGGUAGGGCUCUCCAUAUUUGGAAUUGCAAUUUAUACCGCAGGGUCCGGAUUCGGAACUUUUGCCCGAAGCCUGAUCAGCUCCUUGACGGAACCAACAAUGAUAGGCACAUUGUACAGCGCCCUGGCCCUGAUGAAUACCCUCGGCUCGCUCUUAGCGGGACCGAUGAUGUCGUUGGCGUUCCGCUGGGGAGUGAAUCUGGGUGGUGCCUGGCUGGGCAUGCCGUACCUAAUUUCGGCCGCCUUAUGUGGGGCGAUGACAAUGAUCAUGUUCCUUAUCCGUCUCGAAAGGUCAGAAUCAGGGUUGGGGAACACAGAAGCGGGACUGGCUUAG